GGAAGGGGGAAGAGGGGGGGGAGGAGAUAGGUGCAUGGUGAAUAGGUUGGUUGGUACAUGCCUAGAUGUGACAGAAAGUAUAUAUGAACUCUAGAGUCUAUACCUAUUAGAAGCAUGGACUUGAAUGCAGAGAUGUCCUUGUUGUAAGGGAUGGCUUCUUAUUUUGCCCGACCCAACUAGAGAUGUUAACUCCAACCAGAUCAGCACCUCAUGUUAUCGUCGUAUCUUGGCACAUGUUUACGUAGCGAAUUUAUCCAUAAAAGAUGCAGGCCAAGCUACUCUAGAGAUCUGGUGCAACCCCACGUGCUUCCUUUCAGAAACAUUGUAGGAUCUCCGAGUCGGAAUUUCCCCCCUGAAUCAGAAGCUUAAUAACGAAUCGCGUGCGGUAAAAUUAAGUCGUGAUCUCGGGAGCGACCGAAACUUCCCCGGCCCCUUUUGGAGUAUAAAUACAUAAAUGGGUCGAGAUUUUUAAAUGAAUUUUAAAUAGGUUGGAGCAUAUUUGUUUUAUAGUGGUCUAUAUCAAGUACAACUCGCCAAGAUGAAGCUCCUAGCUGCCUUGACCAACUUCCUGACGACUACCAGUGUGACCAUGGCAGCAAGUGUACCCUUACGUAUCGUCUCUUUUAAUAUCCGAUAUGCCGCAAUAUCCCUUGAAAAAAAUGAAAAGCCGUGGUCGGACCGUCGCACAGGUCUCAUCAAUCAACUAAAGUCGGUUACCGCCAAUGCAUCAGAGGCCGGAGCCGUCCUAGUGCUGGGCCUACAGGAAGUUCUCGACGCCCAACUAAACGACAUCGAGAAGGGUCUAGGAAGCGACGUCUGGGCGCACUUCGGCUUCGGUCGCGACGACGGCAAGAAGAAGGGCGAGUACAAUCCGGUCUUCUACCGCACCGACGUCCUCAAGCUGCUGUACAGCGAGCAGAAGUGGCUAUCCCCCACCCCGGACGAGGUCUCGUUCGGAUGGGGCGCCGGUAGCCGACGAGUCAGCGUGAUCGCCGUGUUCGAGCACAUCGCAACCGGGAAGCGGUUUAUCCACGCGAACACGCACCUGGACAACGUGAGCUCGCAGGCGCGCAGCGAAGGGAUCAAGGUGGUGCUGUCGCGCAUCAAGGCCGCGCAGGACAAGUACGGUCCCCUAGGCGUCACCUUAACCGGGGACUUCAACUCGGAGCCGGGAGGCGACGCGUACGCCGCGCUCGAGGACUCGGGGUACCUGGUCGAGCUGUGGAACUCGGGCGCGAAGAGGCUCGGCACCAACCAGCUGACGUAUACGGGCUUCUCGACGACGGGGAAGAGUCGUAUCGACUUCGUCUGGUUCGGGCCCAAGGGCGAAGAUCGGUAUGCGGCGCAGCAGUUCGAGUUCCUCAAUAACGAUAUAGAUGGUGUGUUUAUCAGCGAUCAUAGGGCCGUGGUGGCUGACUUGACGGUGCUUUGAGAGAGUUGGGCUUUGGGGGUUAGAUAAUGGACGGCUUGGCUGUCUCAAUCAGGAGAGUCCGUAGUAGAUGCAGCCUUGAGAAUUACAAUAGGUGCCAAUGAAAAUCCUGCACGUUGCUAAGGUAAAGAGUCUUAUAUAUUAUAAUCAAAACAGGUUAUUUAAAGGCGUAAGAUGUAAGAUGUCUGUCUAGACUUUGGCACGACUUGAGUAGGUACCUAAUCUUGUGACAAGUUGAUCCAGCAGAGGUAAAGAAAGAGAAAUCUUCAGUUUAUUACUGUAUUUAUCAUAGUUAAUUGUAUUAUUCUAAUGUACAUUUAAU